AUGCUACCCAAAAUAUAAGGAUAAUCAGUUGGAAGAAAAGAGAAUUUGGCAUCUUAAUAGAUUGUCGAAGAUCAUUUAAAAAAUAUACUAAAAAAACAAGAAAAUCAAAAUUACAAGGCAUGGAAGACACCCUAUGCUCCCAAGAAUCCUCAUUCACCAUUUGGGGAUUUUCCAAAGGAAUACAUCCCAAAGGAGAAAGCCAACAAGCAAAAAGUGAUGGAACCUGUUCAUGAGACCACUUAAAAUGCCUUGAUUACUAAUAAAUAUUAAGGGACUCAUUAGGGAACAGGGGGAAGAACAAGUUCAUAAUUAUUAAAGAAGGAAGAGUAUAAGCCAGCACCACCAAAAGCAGGAGCCUAUGAUUAAAGAACAAUUACAGUUUCAGAUUUCAGGAGAUAUUACGAUAGAGGAGAUUUACCAAUUAAGGUUGAUCAUUAAGGGAGUGUCAACAGAAUCAUCUGGAAGAUAUCCCCAGAAUAAUUAGACUAUCACCAUUAUUUGCCCAUCUUCUUUGAUGGAUUAAGGGAAAAAAUGGAUCCUUACAGAUUCUUAGCCAUUUUGGGCACGUAUGGUUUACUUGAGAGUGGGGGUAAUAAGAUAUUGCCCGUAAUUCCAUAAUUGAUUAUUCCAAUUAAAACUAAUUUAAACACAAGAGAUAUAAACAUUAUGGAAGUGUAAUUAAAAGUUUUACAGAAACUUGUAUUGAGUGGAGAAAUGGUGGGCGAAGCGUUAGUACCUUAUUACAGAUAAUUGUUACCAAUAAUGAACUUAUAUAAAAACAAUAAUUCAAAUAUAGGGGAUAAAAUUGAGUAUAAUCAAAGGAAGAGAGUCAAUGUUGGGGAUUUAAUAUAGGAAACACUUGAACUUUUUGAAUAAACAGGAGGAGAAGAUGCUUACAUAAACAUAAAGUACAUGAUACCAACAUACGAGAGCUGCAUUUUAAAUUGA